AGGAGGAAGCUGUCAUCAUCCCCCAUACACACACACAUAUACACACAUACACACCGUGGGAAAGUCUCCUUUGUAUUUCCCAUCAAUGCAAGAUGAGCUUCUUCCACAGGGGAGAUGAAGCCACUGUGGGAUUGAAUAGGAAGGAAGACCUUCAGCCUGAAAAUCCUUCAUCAGAAGAAGAGGGAGCACCAGGAAGAUCCCAAGAAAACAUUUCCUUCUUGACUGAGCCUGAUUACAAUCAGGAACACGAGCAUAAAGAGAAACCAUUUGGGUUAUUUCCAGAAAGGGCCACAUCUCAGGUAGUGGAGGUGAAUUGGAGGGAUCUGGAUGGACUAGGAAAGCAAGAUGGCAGCCUCGAUGAGAACUGGAUGAAAGAAUCUCUUGCAUUUGAAGGCAGAGACUUCUCAGAAGUCCAGCAAACAUUAAAUGCUGGUGAGAACAGGAUCAUCUGCAGCGUGUGUGGGAAGGGAUUCAGGGAUGACUCGAACCUUAAAAGACAUCAAAGAAUCCACACAGGAGAAAAACCCUAUCACUGCCACUACUGUGGGAAGAGCUUCAGCCGGAAUACGAACCUUGCUGCUCACCAUCGAACCCACACUGGCGAGAAACCGUAUGUGUGCUCAGUCUGCAGCAAGACUCUCUGUGACAAGUCAAGCCUCAAUCGACACCAGAGAACUCAUUCCGGGGAGAAGCCAUAUGAGUGCGACGAGUGUGGGAAAAGCUUUGACCUCAGGCAGUCCUUGAUAAGCCACCAGAGAAUCCACACAGGGGAGAGACCGUAUAGGUGUCUGGAGUGUGGAAAAACAUUCAACCGGAGUCAGAACCUCCGUAGCCACCAGCGAAUCCAUACUGGGGAGAAGCUGCACACAUGUUCAGAAUGUGGGAAAAGUUUCAGCCGCAGCCAGAAUCUCACGCGGCAUCUGAGCAGCCACACAGGCGAUAAACUGUAUAGCUGCUAUGAAUGUGGGAAAAGCUUCCGCCUGAGCCAGUCCCUUAUUAGCCAUCAGAGAAUCCACACAGGAGAGAAACCAUAUAUGUGCUCCCUGUGCGGGAAAAACUUUAACCUGAGCCAGAACCUUAUUAGUCAUCGGAGAAUCCAUACUGGAGAAAAACAUUAUAAAUGUUCCGAAUGUGGGAAGAGCUUCAGCUGGAGCCAAGAUCUCCUCCGCCAUCAGAGGAUCCACACCGAUGAACAACCAUAUCCCUGCUCGGCAUGCGGGGAACGCUUCAAUCGGCGGGAGAACCUUAUUAGACACAUGAGGAUACACCUUGGAGAAAAAGCAUUUUAAAAAAAAGUCUAGCCAGGAUACACUUUUCCCUUUGUGGUUGUCCUCACAUUACAAACUAGAAAUAUUUUGAUGUGCUUUUAGAAUGGUGCAUUGCUCUGAAGGACAGACAUUCUACCGUUUAGCUUUUGUCUAAUCUCCAUAAGGCAAGUUGCAAUAAAGUGAAAUUUUAAAUUAAAAUUUGUAUUUAAGCUGAUGUUGAAAGGAUCACAUAGUGGCUGUGUUUUCACAUCAGUCUAAGCUAGGAUUAAGGAUGAUACAGUCCUCCAGAUGUGGAUGCACAAGUCAUCCUUAGCCAAUGUAGCCAAGGGUGAGGAAUGUGGGGAAUUGCAGUCUUACAUUUGGAGGGCCACAUAAUUCUUAGCUCUGUUCUAAGUGAGCUAUAUUAGCCCCUAUUUGGUGUUUUAGACAUGAAUUGGCCAGCAGACCAUGGAACACACCGGUAACUUUUCCUCAUUUCUACAUUUCUCCUCUCAUGACCUUUUUACCGUCUUCUGUUUCAGAGUGAGGAACUGAAGAAACAAGCCACAGUUUUCAAUUCAUAUGCAACCAUACCAUGGUUAAAAAAAGCUGGCAUUCACAAGUUGCAAACCAUGGUUUCUAAUUGUGGUUUGCAGCUGGCAAACAAGCUAUGGUUUGUUUUCCAGGAGGAGAUUAGGCACAACCAACCAGAAUGCCACAAGGCACAACCUGACUUAUUGUUAUGUGCAAACUUAACCAAGUUGGAAAGGAAUCCUAAAAGAGGAUCUGUCACCAACAACGUUCCAUCCUACAUCUGCACUAGUUGCCUUGAUGGGGGAAUGCAGACCAGAGUUUCAGAAGGUGAAUAUAAGCAGAUUCAGGGGGAACUGGUCCUUAAAAUAUAUUGGCCCCAAAAUACUUAGAGCUGAACAACUAGGGUGGUGAAUUGGCACCAGAAAAGAAUUUAGAGGAGACUGUUGUCAUAUAAUUAUGAAAGUAGACACUAGAAAUUAUUUUGGUCACAGUGCCUUACAAAAGCUUUAGUUUUCAAAUAUUUGUCAGGGGUGGCAAGAAGUAUAGUGUAGUACAGCAAUCUAAUUGCAAUGUAAGCCCUGUGAGCUAAGUUUAAAGAGACCACAGUUGGCCAUGAUCACCCAGUGAGCUUCAGAAUAAUAAAGAACAUUUUAACUUGGGUGUUGUGGAUACUAGUCUGGCCUCCUUGAUUUAUAUAUGCAGGUGGAGUCUCUAUUACCCAGAAUUCUAAAAGACAAAAUUGUCCAUAUGAAUAACUAAGAUAGUGACACCUUUGCUUUCUGAUGGUUUGGUGUACACAAAAUUUGGU